AUGAACGGAGAGUUCUGUAUUGAUUGCUUGGGUCUCUGGACUUAGAUUAUUUGGUUUUAAUUAAUGACUUGCUUUUUCACAUUAUUGCUUUAUAUAUUAUUCUCUUUCCCAUCUAAAAAAUAAUAAAGGACGAGUCACUAGUCUUUAUUUUGGACAGAACAAAGGCCAAUGCAUUUUGUGAUUUAAUAGAAUGUUGUCUCAUCUUCUAAGUGAAAAAUUUUCCAUUUUUUAUUUUUCUUUCUUUUCCCAGAAAAUAUCUGCCAAAGAAUUAAAUCCCAUCUCCAUUUUCAACCAAAGGUGGGAACUUUGGUAAUAUCAGUUACGCAAUUAUGUAUGCAAGAUACCAAAUGAUUCUUCUUUAACAGCUUUUUUGCAUAAUAAUCACUUUUUGUUUUUACCCGAUUCAUUAAAGGCAUCCACUGCUAUGGUGUGGCAUUUUAAGCAUGAGUACUCUGUUCAUGACUGUGCUGAAGUACUAGUCUUGAAUUAAAGACUGAGUGAGAGUUGAAAGAAGUGAGAGAAAAGAUGGGUUGCGUUACUUCUAAGAAGAAUGAAGAAGAAGACAACGGCGUCGUUUUGCUCUGUAAAGAGAGAAAACGUUUGCUGAAAAUGGCUGUAGAGAGCAGGUCAGAGCUUGCGGAUGCACAAUGCAAGUACAAUAAUUCGCUUUAUGCAGUAGCAGCUGCUAUAAGGUUGUUUGUUUCUCGGUAUUCUUCUCCAUCUUCACCACUUCUCAUUACAUUCCCUUCUAAUACUGCUAAUGCUACAACUUCUGAGACCACUGAGACCUUUCUUUCCAAACCCAUGUUCCUUCAACAGACACCAUCCCAGCCCACCCAUAAAACAGUUCCUUGUUUAUCUGAACCUUCUAAAGUAGAUGAAGAAGAAGAACAAGGAAACCCAGAUGAAGAAGAAGAAGAAGAAAGUGGAAGCCAAGAAAGUUUUGUUUGUGACCACUUUUACGGUGGAACAGCACCACCAAUGCCAGAACCACAGAGUGCUUUUCAGUGGGAUUUCUUCAAUCCUUUUGAUGGGGUGAGAACAGAGGAGGUGGCAAGUGGGUUUGGUGAGAAUUUGGAUGAGGAUUUGAGUGCGGUGAGGGAGCAAGAGGGGAUACCAGAUUUGGAGGAGGAUGGUGAAAAAGUAACUAGUGUUGGGAAAGUUGUGGAUGUGAAUGAUGGGGUUGUUUGUACUGAUGAAGCUAGGGGUGGUGGUGGUGGGUGUCAGGCAUUGGCCAAAGGGGAGGAUUGUUUAGUGAGCCAGGAAGAGCAAAAGUGUUUGAGUGUGAUUGACACACCCAAUGAUGGGAGAGAAUUGUUGGAGGCAUUGAAGGAUGUUGUGGACCUUUUCAUUAGGGCCUAUGAUUCUGGUUUGGAUGUUUCUAGGAUGCUAGAGACCAAUAUGGUUCAAGUUCAAUCUGCCAUAGAGGAAAUUAAAGAGAACUCGAAUAAGCUCAUUCGGUCUAUUACUCGAAGCCGAUCAACCUCAUCCACCUUAUCUUGGUCUCCUUCAUGUAAGAGUUUGCUUACAUCUAGCUCCAAAAGCUCUUCAACAUGGACAGAAUUCAAGAGUGAAAUGUUUGAUGAGUAUGGAGGAAUGGAAGCUGGGAGUCACUCUCUUACACUAGGAAGGCUUUAUGCUUGGGAAAAGAAACUUUACCAGGAAGUGAAGUCUGCUGAAGAAACAAGGAAAAUUUACGAGCAAAAGUGCUCUCUAUUAAGAAAUCAAAAGGCCAAAGGAGAUGGCAACCUUAGACAUGAUGACAAAACUGCAGCUGAAGUUGAUUCUUUAUAUUCUAGGAUCUUGGUUGCAAUAAGUAGAGCUGAAUCAAUAUCUGAAACAAUUCACAAGCUAAGGGAUCAAGAGUUACAACCACAACUCCUUGAACUGUUAAAAGGCUUAACGAGGAACUGGAAGACAAUGCAGGAAAUGCAUGACACCCAAAACCGAAUCAUGUAUGAAGUGAAAUCCUUUCACUGUCCAUCCUAUGGAAAAUUUUGCAAUGACUCACAUCGCCUUGCCACUCUUCAGCUCGAUGCAGAGCUUCAAAAUUGGCAUACUUGCUUUGCUUCAUAUGUUUCUUCACAGAAAGCUUAUGUUGAAGCACUUAAUGGUUGGUUAUCCAAGUUCAUUACACCUGAAAUUCAACACUACUCGAACAGCAGGCCCUUGGUGUCAGCUAGUGCAAUCAGUGCGCCACCAUUACUUUUAAUGUGUCAUGACUGGUUGGUUUACCUUAAUAAGCUUCCAGAUAAGGGAGUGAGUUAUGCCAUGAAAUGCUUUCGAAAAGAUGUCCAGGCUUUGUUGGUUAAACAAGGAGAGGAGCAGCAACGAAAAAGGAAAGUUGACGGGCUUGCAAAAGAGCUUGACAGAAAGGUUCUGGCAUUUCAAAAGGCAGAAAAAAGAGUGCUUGAAUCGAAGCUUUCGGGACAGGAGGCAGAAAUGCAUGUUAGGAGUAGGAUUGAGUACUUAACCGAGAAGAAGGAACAGUUGGAUAUGUUUCAAAAGAGAAUAGACAUGGAGAAGGUGAAGCAUCAAACUAGCAUGCACGAGACACAAAGAACAGCAGUGAAUGGAUUUCAGACUGGAUUUUCUUCACUUUUUGAGUCCUUGGCUGAGUUCUCACAGGCUGCAGUAAAAAUGUAUGUCGAGCUAGUGACAUUCAGCGAAAGUUCAAUGUCAUACGAAAAUGGUAGUAAAGCUUCAAUAAAAGAAUAAGCUUAAGCAUUUCAUUUUUAGUCAAUUGAUAGAUAAAACUUGGGAAAGAGUUUUGAGUUCUGAAUUGUAUAGUUGUUUUAGUUAAGUUAUUGGAUGUUUGGUGCUUCCUAAUGCAGUAGAAUAUAAUAUGCUUUGCUCAUAAGUGUCUUUGCAGAUGUAAAACAUAAAAUUAUUAGAUGUAUACAAAGAGGUAAAUUGAAACA